CAUCUAAAACGUGAUAUAUAUAGACAAAAAACACUUGUAGAAUUUAUUGAGGAAUUUAAACAAGGAAUUAAAAAAAAUGGGUUUCGAGGUUGGUAGUACAUCUUACUCCAAAGAUCCAGAAAACAAUCACUCGUCUUUUCAAAUCGAUACUGGAGGAGAAGAAAUCAACGACAACCCCAUUGAAGAAGUGAGGCUAACAGUUCCAAUAACAGACGAUCCAACACUACCAGCACUAACAUUUAGAACAUGGGUACUUGGCCUUUUUUCCUGCAUUCUCUUAGCCUUCAUUAACAGAUUCUUCGGAUUUCGUCAAAACCCAUUGUCUGUAUCUUCAGUAGCAGCCCAGAUUGCAGUUACACCCAUUGGAAGAUUAAUGGCUUCCACAUUACCUACAAAACAAAUCAUCAUACCCUUCACAAAUUGGUCUUUUUCUAUGAAUCCAGGACCUUUUAAUUUGAAGGAGCAUGUUUUGAUUACUAUUUUUGCUAGUUGUGGUGCUAGUGGUGUUUAUGCUACUCGUAUCAUCACCAUUGUUAAGGCUUUUUAUAAGAGGGAGAUGAAUCCUGUUGCUGCCAUUUUGCUCGCGCUUACUACUCAGUUGCUUGGAUAUGGAUGGGCUGGCCUAUUCAGGAAAUACCUAGUUGACUCCCCAUACAUGUGGUGGCCAUCAAAUCUGGUCCAGGUCUCUCUUUUCAGAACGUUACACGAAAACGACGUAAGGAUUAAGGGAGGACUAACAAGACUACAAUUCUUUCUCAUGGUUAUUGGUACAAGUUUUGCCUACUAUGUUAUCCCUGGAUACUUGUUCCCUUCAAUAGGCUGUCUUUCAAUCCUGUGUUGGCUAUGGAAAAAAUCAAUCUUUAUGCAACAAAUGGGAUCAGGACUCCAUGGUCUUGGAAUAGGAGCUGUUUCACUUGAUUGGAACACUGUAAUAAGCUUCUUAGGAAGUCCUUUAUCAACACCAAGUUCUGCUAUUAUGAAUAUUAUGGCUGGGUUUUUUUUAGUGGCGUAUUUUGUUGUUCCUGCUGCUUAUUACUCUAAUUCAUAUGAAGCUAAGAGGUUUCCUUUUAUUUCCACCAAAACAUUUGAUUAUUCUGGUCAUCAGUAUAAUAUUUCUCGAGUUAUGAAUGAGAAUACAUUUACGUUGGAUGAUGGUUCCUAUGAUAGUUAUGGGAAGCUUUACCUUAGCAUCUUCUUUGCGUUUGCUUAUGGAUUGAGCUUUGCUACACUUUCGGCUAUGAUCUCACAUGUUGCUCUUUUCCAUGGAAAGUCAAUAUGGCGGAUGUGGACUCAAACAACAUCAGGGAUAAGUGGUGAAUUCUCUGAUGUGCAUUCAAGACUAAUGAAAAAGAACUAUGCACAAGUUCCACAGUGGUGGUAUCACAUUCUUUUAGCUGUUACAUUUGGUCUAGCCUUGCUUGCUUGUGAAGGUUUCUCGAAACAACUCCAACUCCCUUGGUGGGGAUUGUUAAUGGCUUGUGGAAUUUCUGCAUUUUUCACCUUACCAAUUGGCAUUAUAAAUGCUACCACAAACAUACAACCAGGUCUGAAUGUGAUAACUGAGUUGAUCAUUGGAUACAUAUAUCCCGGACGGCCUCUUGCUAAUGUGACUUUCAAGACAUAUGGUUACAUUAGCAUGGCACAAGCUCUUUGGCUCCUACAAGACUUCAAAUUAGGCCACUACAUGAAGAUCCCUCCAAGAUCUAUGUUCAUUGUUCAGCUGGUUGGAACCAUAGUAGCAUCACUAGUCUACUUUGGAACAACAUGGUGGCUCCUCUCAACAGUCGAAAACAUGUGUGAUGCAUCCCUACUACCCGAAGGAAGUCCAUGGACAUGUCCAGAUGAAGAAGUUUUCUACAAUGCUUCAAUCAUAUGGGGAGUAAUUGGACCUGGAAAAAUGUUCACAAACAGAGGAAACUACCCACAACUAAACUGGUUCUUCCUCAUAGGAUUCCUUGCACCAUUUCCAGGAUGGUUAUUAUCACGAAAAUACCCAGAAAUAAAACUGUUUAAGCUCAUAAACACACCUGUAAUCAUAUCUGCAACAAUGAUGAUGCCACCAGCAAGAUCUAUUAAUUACUUAACAUGGGGUGCUGUUGGAAUUUUCUUCAAUUAUUAUGUUUACAGAGCAUAUAAAGGAUGGUGGGCGAAGUAUAAUUACAUACUUUCUGCUGGUUUAGAAGCUGGGAUUGCUUUUAUGGGGAUUUUGUUGUAUUUUAGUUUGCAGAAUAAGGAUAUUUUUGGGAUUCAAUGGUGGGGUUUGCAACAAGAUGAUUAUUGUCCUCUUGCUAAGUGUCCUACAAUGGCAGGGGUUCAAGUUCAGGGGUGUCCUGUUUUUAGAUAGGAUGAAUUUAGGUGACAGUUAAUGUACAAGUUUAAAGAUUAAGUACUUAUUUAUAGCUUAGAUUAGAGUUUAAUUAGAUUAGCCAGUAUGGUUGAAUCAAGUUCAUUAUGUACUCUUUUUUUGUUAAACAGUAUGACAAUCUUCAUCUUAAAAUCAAUUGGUGAUAGGUGGAGUAGAACACCAAUAUAAA